UAAACAAGGUGAUGAAAUCAAACUAAAGAUGACAAGCUAUAAUGUGGUGCCAUACUUGGAAAUUUACGCACAAAACAAGGACAAAAACCAGUUGACGAAAAUAUCUAAGGGGGGAAGCUCAACUCAAGGAUUGUUAAACCAACCCGAGUUGAACUCAUCUUAGAAAAGUCAUUUGAGUCAUCAUUCUCUAGUGAGAAGAAACGAUGGCUUCCGCCGGACUCGAAUCGGCCACAAAGCCACACGCAGUUUGCAUUCCAAGCCCUGCGCAAAGCCACAUCGGGGCCAUGCUCAAGCUAGCAAAGCUCCUCCAUCACAAGGGCUUCCACAUCUCCUUCGUCAACACCGAGUUCAACCACCGACGGCUCGCCAGAGCCCGGGGCCUCGACUCCGUGAACGGAACGCCGAGCGACUUCCGGUUCCUGACGAUCCCCGACGGUCUUCCCCCUUCGGACGCGGACGCGACGCAGGACAUGCGGACACUCUGCCACUCGGCGAGGCGCUUCAUGGUCGGCCCCUUCGGCGAUCUCGUAUCGAGCCUGGGCUCAAACCCGAGCCUCCCUCCGGUGACUUGCAUCGUCUCGGAUGGUUUCAUGCCGUUUACGACGAGCCCUGUGGCUUCGAGAUAUGGGAUUCCUCUCGUACACUUGUUCACUGUUUCCGGUUCUACCCUCAUGGCGGUGAAGCAAUUGCGAGCCCUCGGAGAAAAUGGUCUUUCACCACUCACAGAUGAAUCCCAAUUGAUGAACGGGUAUGGGAACACCCCUAUUGAUUGGAUCCCGGGAAUGAAAAACAUGAGGUUGCGUGACUUGCCCAACUUCUUCCGAAUCACUGGCUCUGACGAUACCUUGUUCAACUUCACAACCGACGCGGUCGACAGGACUGGCAAUGCCAUGGCGACCAUUGUCCACACCUUCGAGGCGCUUGAGCCGGACGUGCUAUGCGCUCUCUCCUCAAUGAUCCCAGGGGUUUAUCCGGUCGGACCGCUCCACUUGAUGAUCAAUCAAAUUGCCCGAGACGAAUCGUUCGUCUCGAAGCACAUCGAGUGCAAUCUCUUGGAAGAGCACGACAAAUGCCUCGAGUGGUUGGACUCAAAGAUGCCCAAGUCCGUGAUCUAUGUGAACUUUGGGAGUAUAGCAUUCGUGACGCAUCAACAGUUGGUUGAAUUUGCAAUGGGAUUGGCUAAUAGCAAUCAGUGUUUCUUGUGGGUCUUGAGGCCUGACUUAGUGAAUGGAGACACCGCGAUUCUUCCCCGAGAGUUUGUUGAGAAAACAAGGGAGAGAGGCUUUUUAUCCGGUUGGUGCCCGCAAGAGAGAGUGCUGAACCACCCUUCAAUUGGAGGUUUCUUGACGCAUUGUGGCUGGAACUCGACCAUCGAGAGUUUGUCGGCCGGAGUGCCGAUGCUGUGUUGGCCGUGCUUCGGAGACCAACUGACGAAUUGCAAGUAUAUAUGUGAUGAUUGGGGGAUCGGGUUGGAGAUGGAUAGUAAUGUGAAGAGAGAUGAAGUGGAGAGGCUUGUGAGGGAGUUGAUGGAAGGAGAGGUAGGGAAGAAAAUGAGAAGCAAGGCCAUGGAGUGGAAGAAGAUGGCAGAAGAGGCCGCCGGUGAAAAAGGGUCAUCUUUCAUGAAUUUGAAUAAGUUGAUGGACGAGGUUUUACUUAAGUAG